AUGUCUUCAAUCCUAGGACUACCUACACAAGGAUCAGAUGUAACAGUUCUCAUAACCAGGGUCCACUUGCAUCCCCUUUGUGUGCUUGUAGAGUUCUGGGGAAAAUUUUGCCAGGAGAGGACAGUAGAUUAUGAGAGCCUGGCUAAAGACAUUCAGUCUCCGGGAAACACAUUUCAAGAGUUUGAAGGAAGUCCUGGUGACCAGUGCUUGGUUGAGAUAGACGGUACUUGGCACAGGUCCCGAAUAGUCUCAAGAAAUGGCUCAAAAUACAGUGUGUUCCUCAUUGACAAAGGGAUGACGUCUAGUACCACCACAGGUAAACUGGCAUGGGGUAAGAAGGAGCACUUCCAUCUGCCACCCGAAGUGGAAUUUUGUGUGCUAGCUAAUGUGUUACCACUUUCACCUGAGAACAGAUGGUCUCCAGUGGCUCUCGAAUUUCUUAAAUCUUUCUCUGGGAAGUCUGUAAAGGCACACGUGCAAGAUGUACUGGUUCCCCACAGAACAUUUGUCCUGCAGAUCCCCUGCAUAUCCAAACAAAUGCAUGAGAUGGGAUUUGCCAAGAAGCUGUCUCCAGACAUGUUCCAGGACUUUGUGCUCCUGUCACUUCAGUCCCAAAGUGUACCUAGAGUGUCACCAGAACUUCAACCGAUCUCCAUGGGAGCAGGUGAGCGACUGCACAAGCAAGAGCUCUUCAUGUACCCAGAGCUGCCAGCAGGAACUGUGGAGACUGUCGUAGUCACAGAGGUGACAAACCCACAGCGGAUUUUUUGCCAGUUGAAGGUCUUCUCACAAGAGCUGAAGAAACUCUCAGAGCAAAUCACACAGUGCUGCGAGGGCAGAAUGACCAAUUGCAUUGUAGGUCCAGAAAUGAUUGGUUUUCCAUGUGCUGCAAGAGGAAAUGAUGGCAGAUGGUACCGCUCUGUUUUACAACAGGUAUUCCCAGUCAACAGAGUGGUGGAAGUGUUGAACGUUGACUAUGGAACAAAACAGUUUGUUAAAGUGAAGAAUGUAAGACCGCUGGCUGCAGAAUUUUUCAGGAUGCCAGUUGUGACUUACAUCUGUUCCCUUCAUGGAAUCAUUGACAAAGGGGUUGGAUGGACAUCCAGCCAGAUUGACCUUCUCAGGAACCUUCUUCUGUGCAAGACAGUGAUUGCCAAAUUUGAGUACCAGAGCAUCUCUGAGGGUGUUCACUAUGUCACACUCUAUGGGGACGAAAACACAAACAUUAACAAUUUGUUUGGUUCCAAGGAGAGCUGUCUGCUGGAGUGUGAGAAAACACUUGGAAAUUAUGCCAUCCGUAGCCCUACAUACAGCCGCCAGCGUCCAGCCCAGCAAGAAAGAAAUCAAAGAAAGAUGUUAACUCCUGGAGAAACUGGAGAGGAGAAAGAAGGGAGGGAAGAAGGACUAGCAGAGAAGUUGCUAGCAGAAGAACUCUCCCUGAACUCCUCACAUGCUGCAGUUGUUCAGCAUGUAUCCAACCCAUCAGAGUUUUGGAUCCAAACACAGAACUAUGCAAAUGAGUUAGAUGAAUUGAUGGAUAGUAUCUAUCAUUUGUACAAAGAUUCAGAGAAUAAAAAUGUUGUGAAAAAUCCAACUGUUGGGCUCUACUGUGCUGCCAAGGCAGAAGAUGGUGACUUCUACAGAGCAACUGUCUCUGAAGUUCAUGAGACACAAGUCAAGGUGUUCUUUGUUGAUUAUGGAAAUGCUGAAGUAGUUGACAGGAUGAACAUCAGGACCCUACCUGACAAGUUCAAAAAGCUGCCAAUGCUUGCACUGAAAUGCACCUUGGCUGGUGUCGGUGCAAAAGAUGGGAGAUGGAGUCAAAGUGCCUCUGAGUUUUUCAUCAAAGCAGUCAAAGAUAAAGUACUAAAUGUACACGUGACAGCAAAAUAUGAUGAUGGCUACGUGGUCCAACUAACGGAUCCUAAAACUCAGGGCGAAAGAGACCUCAGUACACUGAUGUGUAGUUCUAACUUUGCUGAGAGGGCUGACACAUGGAGACAACCCAAAGCCAAAAUGACCAUACAACCUGGCAUUCUGCCUCCCACACAACAUCCAGAUGCCAGACUCUCAGGUAUAUACAGGAACAAUGGAAUGUCUAUUCAGAGCCAAAACACUGUUGGCCCUGCCAGCAUUGUACGAAGAAUUCCUACAUUCAAGGAACACAUGUUUCCCAUUGGGAGUGUCCUUGACGUGUCUGUGUCCUACAUUGAAAGUCCAAAUGACUUCUGGUGCCAAUUAGUACAAAAUACGGGGCACUUGAAGUUGCUCAUGCAUGACAUACAGGCGCAUUAUGCAGGCAGUGAAUUUCAGCCUCUUGUAGAAACGGCUUGUAUUGCUCGCCACCCUGAUAAUGGAAUGUGGUACAGGGCCCUUGUAAUUCUCAAACAUGAAACACCUCAUGUGGACGUUUUGUUUGUUGAUUAUGGCCAGACAGAAAUGGUCUCCCUCUAUGAUCUGAGGAGGAUAUGCCCAGAAUUCCUCACUCUGCACGGUCAAGCUUUUCGAUGCAGUCUGUUAAACCCUGUUGACCCCACGUCUGCCAUAAAUGAGUGGAAUGAUGAAGCAGUAGCAAAAUUCCACAAUUUUGUGGAAACGGCUGUAUCCAACUUUGUGAUUUUAAAGUGUACCAUAUAUGCUGUCAUGUACAGUGAGCAGAAGAUUGUUUUCAACAUCGUAGAUCUAGAAACUCCCUUUGAGAGUGUCUGCACCAGCAUGGUCAACCUUGUCCAAAAUGCACCUCCCAAGAAAACCUCUGGACCGUCUUUCCGUCUGGACUCAUACUACUUCUCAACACACAACGUCAAAACUGGGACAGAGGAGCAGAUUACAGUGACAUGUGUAAACAAUGUCAAUCAGUUCUACUGCCAGCUUGAGAGGAACACUGAUGUGAUGAAAGAUCUCAAGGUCAAAGUGAGCAAUCUCUGCCACCAGCUAGAGAAUGUAAAGAUCCCGGCAGUCUUUGGAACUUUGUGCUUUGCAAAGUACACUGAUGGGCACUGGUACAGGGGACAGAUCAAGGCCACAAAGCCAGCAAUCCUGGUUCACUUUGUGGAUUAUGGUGACACUAUUGAGGUGGACAAAUCUGACUUGCUUCCAGUUCCUAGAGAGGCUAACGAUAUCAUGUCUGUGCCUGUGCAAGCAGUUGUGUGUGGACUCUCUGAUGUCCCAGCCAAUGUUCCCAGUGAGGUGAACAGCUGGUUUGAAACGAGUGCAAUAGAAUUUAAAUUCCGAGCACUAGUAGUGGCUAGAGAACCUGAUGGGAAAGUGUUGGUUGAGCUGUAUCAUGGAAACACUCAGAUUAAUUCAAAGAUCAAGAGGAUGUUUCAGAUUGAGAUGCAUACAGAAGAGCAGGUUGUCUACCAGUACCUGCCAUCAAAAUCUAUCACAUCAGGUAUGGAAGCAGAUGUCUAUGCCUCACACUGCAACAGCCCAUUGAGUUUUUAUGUUCAACUUGUCAGAGAUGAGGGUGAAAUAUUCUCCAUUGCUGAAAAGCUCAAUGAUCCCCAAUCAGCCCUGAAAACCAGUGCCGUCAAAGAUGUACAUCCAGGUGACCUUGUUCAAGCAGAGUUUGCAGAUGAUUCCUCAUGGUACCGAGCGGUUGUAAGAGAAAUCCGUGGCAACGCGAUGGCUCUUGUUGAGUUUAUUGAUUUUGGAAAUACAGCAAUGACACCAAUUUCCAAGAUAGGCAGACUCCAUGAGUCUUUCUUGCAACUACCCAUGUACAGCACACACUGCAUGCUGAGUGAUGCUGCAACUCUCGGAAAAGAGGAAAUGUUUGAUCCAGAAGUGUUGUCAGCUUUCAAAGAAGACAUUGGUGGUGAUGCAGAAAAGAAGUUCAAGUGCCAGUUUAUCAGGCAGUCAGGAUCUGUGUGGGAAUCUGCUGACUCUGAAGAACUCCACAAGAUAGCAUCAGAUGUCUCCGAAGUUGGGAAUGCAGCUGACCACAAACAUAUUGACCCAGACUCUCUCUCCACUGGCAGUCCAUGCAUUGUUCUCUUUUCAGACGAUCAGCUUUGGUACCGUGCAGAGGUCAUUGACAAAGAUGGAGACGAGCUCUCUGUUCUCUUUGUGGACUAUGGAAACAAGUCCCGAGUUAACAUUACAGAUGUAAGGGAAAUGCCCCCUGACUUGGUGGUAACUCCUCCACAGGCGUUUUUAUGCGAGCUUGAAGGCUUUGAUUCUUCAUGUGGAUCUUGGGACAGUGUCGCAGUAGAUGAGUUGUGCACACUUACAAUAGACAAGUUGUUACAAUUGACUGUCACUAGAGUAACAAGAGAUAAAGAAAACAUCAAAUGCUUUGUGCGGGUGAAAUGUGAUGGCCAGGUGAUAAACGAGGUAAUGAAAACCUGGUGGAAGAGCUCCACAACAGAAAGCAAACCUGAUACUAUUGGACUGACUGCUUCAUAUGAAGCGCCACUGCAAUUUGACUCAACUGUGAAAGAGGCUGCACUACCUGAGGAUCAACUAGAGUAUCCUGAAAGCCAAGAAAUCGAUACUACUGUUUCUUGCAUUCAUCCUCAGAUGGACCGUGGUGAAGAACAGUUCACUGACAAGCUUGUUGAAACUCACAGAGCAGAUGAUGUCAAACUAGCAAGUAGACAAAAGAUCAGUGAAACCCCUGAAAAUUCUUCUGCUGAGUCUCCAGAAGACAAAACAUAUCAGAAAUCAACAGAAUGUAAUAUGGCUAUUGUACCUCAGAAAAGUGCUUCCAUUGAAGGAGUGAACAUAUGUUACAUGCUCCCUGAUGUGGGUGACACUGACAAAGACUCUGAAGAGGAGGGUGCUUCAGUGAUGGACUCUGUUGGGCCAGAUGGCUUGGCUUCUCCAUUGGAUGAGAACCUUAAGGAGGAUAUAGAUAAAUCAGAGAUUCCAGUGACAUCUUCAGCUGAAAAGCUGAAAACCUACAGCUUUGACACCAUGAUUUAUUCUGCCCUGCCAGCUGACACUGACACAGCAACCAUUGAUCCACAGAGCUGCACUGUUCCCUCUCCAGAUUUGGACGAUGAGUUUGAAGAGGUGGCCUGUUUGACUGAUGUCUGCACAGAUCCAGAUGAGCUGAGUGAUGACAGCAAAGUCACCAGUGCAACAGAGGAUUGCCUCAUCAGUAUAGCAGCAGAGGAAAUGUUUCCCCAGGAAGAUGUUGGCCCUGACAUCAAAGAAGACCUGCAUAAGACAAAAGUUAAAGGAUCAAAUGAGGUCCAGAAUGAAUCACUUGGAGCUCCCUCAGAGCAUGAAAUGGAAAUUUUAGACAUUUCCCAACAGGAGGAGGUCACACCUCAUGAGAAUGACACAGUGAUUGAAGAUGAGACGUCGGAUCUUCACGAAGAUAAACUUUCUGCUCUGCCAUCUGACACUAAGGCACAAAGCUCCUGUCCAGAUAUGAGUGACCUACUCGAGGAGGUGACCUGUCUUGUUGGAGAGAUCUGUUUGAUGGACGUCUGCAGAGACCAACAACAACAGGCUGAAACAGAGGACAGUGAGCAGCUGCUGCAUACACCACCCAAACAAAAGGAGGAUUUUGAUGAUACUGUGCUCUCAGAAGAAACGUUGUCUUCUGCUGAUGACAGUUUUGAGGUCCAGCUGUCAAAGGUCACCCACCUCUCUCUGAUCAUCAGUAAUGGUUCUGCUGAUGUUCUGCCUGUGGAGCAGCACCCAGUGGAGUAACUGUCUUCUGGUUCUUCUGGUUUAUCGACUGCAAAUGC